AUGUUGAUGGAGUAGGUAUAAAAUUUCUUAUUUUAUUAUUUCAUUCAUUAUUUAUAAUUACUUUGGAUUCUUCGGAUGUGCCUACUUAUUAGGAGCUGUAAUCAACAAUGUAGUUUACUAAGAGACCAUAAUUAUGUGGAGCAUUAUGGUUUGAGCCGAAAGGAAAUAUAACCCGGAAAAUAUGAGAAGUAGACAUUCGACACAGUUGGAAUGCUCCACACAGAUUAUUCAAUUAUCUCCUAUUUAUAUUAUAAAGACAUUCAGACCAUCACGAAAAUCCUUACAAAUCCUGUUCAUAUUAAAAAAGCCCCCAAUUGCAACAUGGAUAUACAGUGUGUAUUCUAUUAGCAUGGGUACCAAAAUAAUGGUUUGAAAUUAUGGAUAUGUAACUAAAGAAACGGGAACAUUCUUAACCAAGUCCAUCAGAAAAUGCUUAAUAUCAUAUUUUUAAUCACAAGUCUCAUCACAUAUCUAUCCCAUUUUCUAAAACUUUCACAUUUCAAUUAGUCUAUAUUAAUGUUAAGUUUAAAAAAAAAUCUAGAUAACUUUCUUUCUGGUUCUUAUAAAUUAAAAUUAUAUGUUGGUAAUAAAUUAAUCAAAAUGAGUGGAAGUGUUCAUAACCAUUCAAGUAACGUACUGAUUUAGUUAAUUAUUUAUUGUUGA